UUGGCAGACCACAUCUCCGUCGGCGAGCACGCCAUCACCCACCAGACCUCCCACAUUCCCACCAUCCCGGACGAGGUGUACGACCGCUUCCCACCGCACCGCAAGCUGAUCAUGGUCGCCCUGCUCUCCUUCUGCUCGUUUCUAUCGCCCGUGUCGAGCACAUCGGUCCUGGCCGCCACGCCCGAGGUGGCACGCGAAUAUGGGACCAAUGGAACGGUGAUCAACGUGGUGAACGCGGUCUACAUGUUCACGAUGGGGCUGUCGCCCGUUGUGUGGGGACCGACGAGCGAGGUGUAUGGGCGAAGGAGGGUAAACCAGGUGACGGCGAUGCUGUUUUUCGCGUGUAGUAUUGGGACUGCUUUAGCCCCGAACCUGGCCGCGUUCUUUGUGUUCCGCGUCCUGACCGCAUUUGAGGGAACGGCGUUCAUCUUGGUCGGGUCAGCUUGUAUUGGCGAUAUCUACCGUCCGACCGAGCGCGCCACUGCCCUGGGAUGGUUUAUGUCCGGCACCCUUAUUGGCCCGGCCCUGGGCCCUUUCAUCGGCGGAAUCAUCGUCACCUACGCCUCGUGGCGCGUCAUCUUCUGGCUGCAGGCGGGCCUGUCCGGGCUCGCCGCGCUCUUCACCUUGACUCCCCUGCUGCCCGAGACCAUCCAUCACCGCAAGGUGGACGACCUCGAGGGCUACUCGCCGCGGCAGAAGAUGACGGUGCUCUGGGGCAUGAUCAACCCGGUGCGGGUGCUCCGGCUGUUCGUGUACCCGAACCUGGUGACCGCCAGCCUGGCCUCGUCGGCCGUCAUCUGGAACAUGUACUCGCUGCUCACGCCCAUCCGGUACGUGCUGAACCCGCGCUUCCACCUCACGACGCCGAUGCAGUCGGGCCUCUUCUACCUCGCCCCGGGCACGGGCUAUCUCAUGGGCACGCUGGUCGGGGGGCGGUACGCCGACCAUGUCGUCAAGAGCUGGAUCGCGAAGCGCGACGGGGUCAGGGUGCCCGAGGACCGGCUGCGGUCGGCGGUGCCGUUCAUGGGCGUCGUCAUUCCGGCUUGUCUGCUGGUGUACGGGUGGGGGGUCGAGAAGGAGGCCGGGGGGAUCCCGCUGGCCGUGGUGACGCUGUUUGUGCAGGGCGUCGCGCAGCUGUUCUGCUUCCCGAGCCUGAACACGUACUGCCUCGACGUGAUGCAGGGUCGCGGGGCCGAGGUGAUUGCGGGAAACUACUUUGUGCGCUACCUCUUUGCAUGCGCAGCCACCGCCUGCGUGCUCCCGGCCGUCCAGGGCAUCGGCGUCGGCUGGUUCUCGACCGUCAGCGCUCUGUUUCUGAUGGGGAGCACCGCGGCUCUCCAGGCGACAAUCUGGUGGGGAAAGAGCUGGCGGGACCGGGUGGAUAAGCGG